GAGCAUAUAUGAGUUUGUCAUUUUAGCUGUCGUGUUUGUGUUUGUAAUGUUAUUACAGCGCCUUGAGCCUACAUUUUGUUUGUUAACAGUGCUUUAUAAAUAAAAUUAUUAUUAUUAUUAUUAUUAUGUUAGAAAUGAACGAGUAGUCAUUCUCUGGCGCUGCCAGGGUCGAGUUUCGCUAAAGAGAAACAAAAUUCAUCGUAGUCCCUUUAACAGUUUCCACUGAGGAAUUUUCUGGUGAUGUGGCAAGGGUCUGCAGCAGUACUGCCCUCUGACAGGCAACGAAGAUGUUCCUAGGAAUGUUAAGGGCCUUGAAGGUGUCUGUGAGAAUGACUCCAAGGAAGAGGAAGUCCAGUGAGUCCAUGUCACCAGCAGCCAUCAAGAAAAGAAAACAACGAGAAAAAGAAACAGCUGAGAAGAAAGAAGCAAGGCUGACAAAACAGAGACACAGAACUGCCCAAAACCGUGCCAAUGAAACAGAGGAACAAAGAAAGCACAGACUGAAUCAAAACAGCCAAAGAAAUAGAGACAGUCGUGCUGAAGAGACAUCGGAACAAACCGAAAACAGACGUCAAGCAAAUAGGCAAAACAUGUCUAAAAAAAGGAAAGAAGCGGAACUUAAAAAAGAUGAUUUACAUUUAGAGGGCUUCAACUAUAACAUUGCUGCUGAUUAUCCACCUGCUGAUAUUGGGGAAAUGGGUGAUGUGUGUGUAUAUUGUCAAGCCCGAAGAUAUAAAUAUGAACCAAAGGGAAUUUGUUGUUUGAAAGGUCAAAUACAAUUGGCAGGUUUAGAUGAUCCACCCAAUCCCUUUGACUCUUACUUAUCGGGUAAAAAUAAAAAAUCAAAACAAUUUUUAGCUAAAAUUCUUAAGUACAAUAGUUGCUUCCAAUUAGCACAACGUGAAAGUUUAAACGCAUCCAAAGAUCAAUAUCAAGCUCUGCCUAAAAUUAGUUCAAUACUGCCAACUGCAAAUACUAAUCCAAAAUCGUUACAAAUUUAUUUUAUGAAAAAUGAAAAUAAACAAGCUCAGCAACGCUGUACAAAUGUUCGAGGAAUUAAAGCUGACAUUAUUUUAGAGUUACAACAAAUAUUGCAUCAGAAUAACCAAAUAAUCAAACUUUUUAAAACUGCCAUCAAGGAAAUGCCGUCUGAUUAUUAUAUUUUGCCCCCGGAUAGUACUAUAAGUAGUCCUGAAGAACAGAAAGCGAGACAGUUUCCAACUAUUAACGAGAUCAUUGUUUCAAACACUCAAGAUAAUUCAUACAAAGGCGCUCUUGUUAUUUCUAAAUGCAGUCCACAUCUUAGAACAGUUCCUCGAUUCCACAGGUCAUAUGAUGCUCUUCAAUACCCACUGAUAUUUUGGCAAGGUGAAGAUGGAUACCACUUUGGGUGGAAAAAGAUUAACUCUAAAACAGAAAAAACAACAAAAAUGUCUUCCAGGGAAUUUUAUGCUUAUCAUAUAAUGAUACGAACUUCAAACCACAUUUUAAAAUUUGGCAAACUUUUUACGAAUUUUAUUGUUGACAUGUUUAUGAAAAUUGAAAUUGAACGCAUUUCUUUUUUUAAAUCCGAAAAUAAGAAAAGAAUUGACAGUUUUUGUAGUCUGAAGGACGCUGUGGAGAAAAACAAAUCUUUUCUUGAAAUCGGGAAAGAAUCUCAAUUGCCUUCUUCAUUUACUGGAGGGCCGAGCUAUUGGUUUGAAGCAGCACAGGACGUCUUAGCCUGUAAAAAGUAUUAUGGGAUUCCCGAUUUAUUUAUAACAUUUAAAUGUAACCCAGACUGGCAAGAAAUACAAGUUCAACUUUUUACAGGUCAGACUUCAAAAGAUCGACCAGACCUGAUAGCAAGAGUUUUUAAACAAAAACUGUUCAAUCUUAUGAAACUCAUCACACGUAGCGAGAUCUUUGGAGAAAUUCAGUGUUGGAAUUAUUUUGUUAAAUUUCAAAAAAAUGGUCUCCCAGAAGCUAAGAUGUUAGUGUGGCUAAAGGAAAAACUUUGUGCGUUUCAAAUCGACAUUGACAAAGUUAUUUGUGCAGAGCUUCCAGAUCCCGUCAAAGACGCAAAACUUUUUGACAUUGUUGUUAAUCACAUGGUACACGGACCUUGCGAUCAUAAUGAAAAGGCACCUUGUAAGAAGGAAGGUGAAUGUACCGAAAAAUACCCAAAAAGUUUUCUCAAUUCUACAGAAAUUUUCGAUAUGAGUUCGAUUAUUUACAGAAGAAGGCAACCCCAAGAUGAACGUUUUUCUACGCAACGUAAAGUCGGUAAAGGGAAAGACUCAAAAAUAGACAAUUCAUGGAUUGUGCCUUACUCUCCAUUACUAUGUAAGAUGUUUGAGACACAUGUUAAUGUAGAGAUUUGUGACUUAGAAAAACUAAAGUUUUAUAUUAAUCAAUUGAGCAUCAAUUAUAGCAUUAUCUUGGAAGAUUAUGAUAGCAAUGCUCAGUGUAAAACGGAAAGAUCCAUUACCAGCAGUGAAGCUGUUUGGCGAAUAUUAAACUUUCCUCUUCGCGAGAACUUUCCUCCAGUGGCUAGAUUUGAUGUUCAUUUACAAGAUCAACACAGAGUUUACUUCACAGAAAAUAAUUUCAAGCGACUAGUUGCUGAGCCAGAAAACACAAAAUUAACAGCAUUUUUUCAAUUAUGUGAAACUGAUCAGUUUGCUGAAUCUUUAUUGUACCCAGAGGUUUCUACAUAUUAUACAUGGACACACAAAAAAUAUCAUAAAAGAAAAAGGGGAACCCGAGACACUAUUAAAAAUGUUUAUUCACAAGAAACAUUAGCUCGUAUCUGUGCUGUUCAUCCCAGUGACUCUGAGCGUUAUCAUCUUAGAUUGUUACUUUAUGAAGUUCCUGGACCAAAAUCUUUUGAUGCUCUAAAAACUGUUGGAGGCCAAAAAUGUGAGACUUAUAAAGAAGCAUGUGAAAAACGAGGCUUGAUUAUCAGAGAAGAAACUUGGGAAACUACGUUACAAGAAGCAAUAGAAUAUAGCACAGCAGAGCAAUUAAGGAAUUUAUUUUCUAUCAUUUUAUCAUUUUGUAAGCCUUCCAAUCCAACAAGUCUAUGGAACAAAUUUAAAGGUAAUUUAAGUAAAGAUAAUAAAAAUGGAAGAAAUAACAGUAACUCCAAGUGUGGGGAAGAACAGGUUAUUGAAGCUCUCAGACAAAUUGAAAACAAAUGUAUGUUAAUGAAUGGGAGAACAAUGAAAGAUCUGAAUAUUAAUUCGCAAACCGGAAGUCAUGAGUCUGGUGCGCAGGAUUAUGAGUAUAAGAGAGAAAUGAACUACGAUAUUACUAAAUUAAGAGAAUCAUGCGAUAAAGACAAGCCUCGCUUGGGACAGGAACAACUCGUAGUGUACAAUGUCAUACAAGAGAAGAUUACAUCUGGAGCAGGGGGGCUAUUUUUCUUAGAUGCACCUGGCGGUACAGGAAAAACCUUUUUACUUAAUAUUCUUCUCUCUGAAAUUCGAAUGCAGAAAAAAAUUGCUUUGGCUCUUGCAUCAACUGGACUUGCCGCCUCCCUGCUUGAUGGAGGACGAACAGCACAUUCAGCAUUGAAGCUACCUUUAGAUAUUGCUACUUCAAUUCAUCCGAAAUGUAAUAUAAGCAAUAACUCAGGCAUUGCUAGAGUCUUAAAAGAAUGUGUUCUAAUUGUUUGGGAUGAAUGUACCAUGGCUAACAAAAAAUCGCUUGAAGCUCUGAACAUUACUCUGAAAAAAUUAAGAAGAAACAAUCUACUAAUGGGCGGAGUGGUUGUGGUUCUCUCAGGUGACUUUCGACAAACUUUACCUGUAAUACCAGGAUCGACUGUGUCACAACAGUUUAAUGCAUGCAUAAAAGCUUCUUUUCUAUGGAAUGAGUGUCAGGAAGAAACUUUGACAACAAAUAUGCGAGUCCAGAAUAACCAGCAGUUCUCUGAACAUCUUUUAAACAUUGGUGAUGGUGAAAUUAAUCGUAAGGAUGAAAUGAUUUCCUUUCCUUCGUGGUUUUGCUGCUUGGUUCAAUCUGUUGAAGAUCUCAUUUCCAAAGUUUAUCCAAAUAUUUCAAAGAAUUUUAAAAACAACGAAUGGCUAAGUAAAAGAGCCAUCCUGGCGCCAACCAAUAAAUGCGUCAAUAGACUAAAUGUCCGCAUUCAGAAUAAACUUCCUGGUUCCGACUUCACUUAUAAAUCAAUGGAUACAGUUGUAAAUACGGAGGAGUCGGAGCUUUACCCUCAGGAGUUUCUGAACACAUUGGAGCUACCUGGAUUUCCAUCACAUAUUCUCGAGUUAAAGAUAGGCUCAGCUAUUUUGUUGAUGCGUAACAUAGAUCCUCCUAACUUAUGUAACGGCACCAGAUUAUCCGUUAAAGCACUUUUUCCAAACAUAAUACAAGCGACAGUAUUAAAUGGCAACUCUAAAGGCAAAGAUGUAUUUAUACCCCGCAUCUAUUGCACACCAAUCAAUUCACACUUUCUAUUUAAUCGACUUCAAUUUCCUGUUCAACUUGCUUUUGCAAUGACAAUCCAUAAAGCUCAGGGUCAAACAUUUCAGGUAGCUGGGGUAAACUUAGAGCAACCAUGUUUCUCUCAUGGCCAGCUCUAUGUCGCAUGUUCUAGAGUUACUGAUCCGCAAAAUUUGUACAUUUAUGCCCCUGAUGGUCGCACUAAAAACAUUGUACACAAAAAAGCUUUAAUGUAACAGCAAUAACAAAAGAAAAACUAAUUUUGAUCAUUUCGAACAGAAAUUUUUAAUUUUUAGAACUUGCAUAAAUGUAUUGAUAUCCAUUGCUGAUAUCUGAAUAUUGAAAGUCAAUAUUUGUCCAAAAAAAGAAUGGACGUGUAAAUUUAAACUUAAAAUUGUAUGCCAAUAAAUAAGCAAUUGAUACUAAGCCAAUGUAAGAGUCUAACAACAGAGAAGUCAUAAUCUGAAAGGCCUUGCUACGUCUGAUGUAGUUAACGAUUUUGUUUUAUUUUUUAAUAAACUAAAGUGUAGACAAAUAGAAUUAUUAAGCAUACAACACACAUCUUAAUUUCACUUGGCUCACUUUCAGCUAUAUGCUUAUAUAUUCUAUAUAUUCUAAGACAUAUAAAAAUGAUUUUAUUUUGCUUACUUGAUUUAUAUUGACUACGAUUGAUAUAAACUAUAAUUGAUAUACUAGUAUUACCAACCGGCUGUGACUUUUGAUUUGCCGGAGACUCCCCCCCCCCACCCCCGUUUUUAUUUUAACGCUCCCACAAAAAUAUUUUAUGCCCGUGAGUUUUAGUAUGUGUUAUCUUGAAUUGGAAAGGCCAACUUUUAUAACGCCCUACAGCUGAAACACAGACACAUACUAUUGGCCGAUAAAGACUAGUAUUCCUUAUGCCUCCUCAACCCCUUUCAAAAAGAAAUAGUCCUACACACAAUCUGUGACUAUUUUUCUUUGGCUUGUCAUUUUUAGAUUAAAAUAUUUGAAAAGCUUUAAUGUUGCUUUUUGGCUGGAAUUCUUUUUUUGGUCAUCUUUUACGUUUUAACUCUCCCACAUUGAAUUCUACCCUAUUAAUUCUAUUAUCCCUUAACUACAUCAGCAAAAAAAUAAAAUAAAAAUAUAUACAUACAUACAUAAUUUUAUAAACACGAAUACACUUAUUCAUGCAGCUAUUUCGUAUUUUGGGAGAAUAGUUUGUUAUGAUAUAUAAACAAUUCAUUUUGUCUUAAUUUUUAAAAUUAUUAUUGUGCUUAAUUGUGGUUUCUGGUAGCUUGUAGUUUAUAGAAUGUCAAAACCUGUCAAACUACCUGAUUUCUUUUUGAAAUAGCCUAUUGUUUGUUUGUUUAAAUACCAAAAAAAAAGUAAAAUUAUUGUGAUUUAGAAACAAAAAUUGUUAUAAACUUAUACUCACAAGGCUAAAUUUGCUUUUUUAAGCUUCAAUUUGUAAAUAACAUUUGUAAAUAGAUUUAGAUCUUAUUUUCGAUAAAUAUUUAAUGUUGUUUUUAUUUAUUCUUUAGAAGCAUUAUACAAAUUUUUCAAAGCUUCCACUCAGCUAUUAGAAGCAUUAAAGUACAUUGUGGGUCUCAGUGUCUGUAAAAGAUAUCUGACAGUUUUUUUUAUUAUUUUAUGUAACCGAAGCAGCCCUAUCUUUAUAAUUUCUUUGAGUGUCUAGCACACAUCACGUGGUCAACGUUUUUUAAAGCUUGUUUCAUUUUGUCACAUAUUUUUAUUUAUUAAAUUAUAAAUUGAUGUUCUUCAUUUGUGUUUUACUUACAAAAUAUGUGUAAAAAAUAUAUUAUUAAUACCAGCUAAGUGCAUUAAAAAAUUCAAAGCUACAUAAUAGAGAAGGGCUUCCACUAACUUAACUCUUUCUCUCCGUAAUUAUUUUUCUCGUUCCGAUAGUAUUAGUCGUUUUGCUCAUUUGUAUUUUACUAUCCUGUUAUGAUUAAACUUCAUAUAACUUCUUUGUUAUUAGAAAAUGACAUCGAAUUCUAGGGGAAUGCAUGCUUUUUUUUUUUUUACACAACACAAAUUAAAGUUUAUAACUCCAAAAACCAAUAAAGUUUAUUGGGAGUCAAAUCAACGUUGGCAUCGUCAAUUAGGAGAGAAAGAGUUAAACCCUGCGUGAACGUUUCUUUGUUUGGGAUGGGUAAUGUCUCAAGCAAAAAACGUUGUGAAACACUGACAUAGAACAUAGUGUCUCAAUGACCAACCUGCUUUCAAUUAUUGAUCAACUACAUUGGGCCCUGAAUAGUGUCUCAAUGACCAACCUGCUUUCAAUUAGUGAUCAACUACAUUGGGCCCUGAAUAGUGUCUCAAUGACCAACCUGCUUUCAAUUAGUGAUCAACUACAUUGGGCCCUGAAUAGUGUCUCAAUGACCAACCUGCUUUCAAUUAGUGAUCAACUACAUUGGGCCCUGAAUAGUGUCUCAAUGACCAACCUGAUUUCAAUUAUUGAUCAACUACAUUGGGCCCUGAAUAGUGUCUCAAUGACCAACCUGCUUUCAAUUAUUGAUCAACUACAUUGGGCCCUGAAUAGUGUCUCAAUGACCAACCUGCUUUCAAUUAGUGAUCAACUACAUUGGGGCCUGACAUAUAAGAAAGUAACUCGGCAAAACAUUUGUCUUCCAUUCAACGUAACAUGUUUGUGUCUCUAGUUUUUUUAGAGAUAUUUUUGGGAAAUUGAAUUGUUGAAAUUCAAUUAAAGGAGAUUGUAUUUAUAAUCUUACAUGUCUUCUAUUUAUAAUAAAAAACUUUCCUUUGUUA